GGGGUGUGAGGAGAGGGUGCCGGAGGGCAGGGGGCCGGGCUGGGGCUGUGCCCCCCACCCACCUGCUCUGUCCGCCCGCAGACCUGCUCAGACGCCGCUGGACAGGCCGGGCGCGAUGCGGGCGCGGUGGCUGCUGCUCUGUGCCCUGGUUGUGCUGCUGGUGGGGGCUGGGGGCUCCCUCCUGCCACCUGCUGCCCGUCGCCUGCUGGGCCGCUUCCAGCACCUGCUGGGGGGCAGCCGGGUGGAGUUGGGGCAGGAGGAGGGGCGCUUCGAGGCCCCCAUUGAUUUCCGCAAGCUUCCCCACAACUACCACACCGAGGAGAAGGAGCAGCGCAGGGUGGGGAAUGCCACGGUGUACAUCCACCGUGAGAUCAACAAGGUGACAGACAACAAGACGGGCGUGAUGCUGUUCUCCGACAGGACGGUGACCUCCAUCGAGCAGGGGGAGCGGGGCCUGGCAGAGAGAUGGCGGGGAAGCCAGGCAGAGUCUAGAGAGGAAGGAGCAGGUGGUGGGGCAGAAGCAGAGCCUGUCCUAGGGAGACACGUCCUGCCGAUCCCCCGCCCCGGGCUGGCCUUCCUCAUCAUUCACUUACGGCGCAAAGCCAGGCCCUGGAAGGCCUCUGAGACCAGCUGGCCAGAAGGCACAUCCCUUAGCGACAGAAGGCACAGGCUGCUAGCUAUCCGGGAUGGGCUGAUGGAAGCCCCCUCCCUCCGAAGAAAGCUCCCCUCAUUACCCUGGCCUGGCACAAAGCUGUAGCAUGGAGGCUUCAUUUUUCCCUCUUCUUCAGGAAGCUGUAGCAAAAAUGGAGAGGAUACACCCCCUGCGGGAGGCCUGUGCCAUGCUGGUGAAUCUGGGUAUAAAGUCCUGCUCCUUGGGUUUUUCUUGCAAUAAAAAUUCU